AUGGUCAUAGUUGGCGUAAGAGGAGGAGGGAUCAGAGAACUAUUGCUGAAGCUCAUGAACGGCUUAAGUGCCGACCAUUCUUUCUCUCUCUUUCUCUUCCCCAACUUCUCCUCCAUCCAAAAAAAUUACAAAUCGGUUGUAACACUCGUAUCCGGCAACAAGGCUUCCUCUCCACCCACCGCCGCCGACCAAUCUUUCCCGAGCUACCUCACCACCGUCAACGUCUCCAACUUCGUGUCCUCCGAACUUUCCGGCGACAGACGCUCGAGCAACUACCCAUCCUGGAGACAGCAGUUUCUCUGCCUCCUUGAGGCCCAUGACCUGACCCGCUUCAUCGGUGGCACGAUUCCGUUGCUGAAUCCUCCUCCGGCGGUCCCCUUCCUUGCCGCUGACGAGGACGACAGCCCGGGUAAGUUUGAAAUUCCGGCUCCGCCCCUGAGGAGGAGGACGUCCGGAGGUCAUCUGAUGACAAUAAUGUGGCGUGGAGGACGAACCGAGUGGUCAAAGGGUGGAUUCUUGGGUCACUGGCCGACUCGGUGCUGCAGGCGGUGGCCCAUUUGGCCACCGCCAGAGGUGUGUGGGCCGAACUCGAGGAGAACAUCGGCGGGCCUGCCCCAACCACCGGCCCCACAGCUACAAGGCAUCGAGGACGAGUGGCAAUUGUCGCUUUACAGAGCCACGCUUAUGACCGACUGGGAGCGGGCCGAACAAAUCAUCAACCUGCACCCACAGGCCACCACGGCCCGGAUAGGCUUCACAUUGGAGACUUCCCUCCACAUAGCCGUGGGCACGGGCAAGGCCCUCGAUUUUGUCCGAAACCUGGUCUACAUAAUACCCUCUGACGAUUUAGGAGUGAAGGACGAGCUCGGCUACACUGCCCUCCACGUAGCGGCUCUGACCGGAAACACGGAUGCUGCCAGGAUCCUUGUGCGCAAGAAGCCCGAUUUGGUGCAUGUGCGCGAUAAUAUAGGUAGUUUCCCAGUCCACGUGGCGGCAUUGUCGGCUCAUCGCGAGACUCUUGUGUACUUGAUAUCUAUGUGUGAAUACGUGUUGAUGAACCCGUACCAUGGGGAAGAGGGCCUCAAGCUUCUGUGUUAUAUGAUUGAUGCUGAUAUUCUUGGUGGGUGUGUUUAUGGGUUGGUACUGUGA